GAGCCUGUCUUGCCUCACCUAACGGCCCCGCCUCCAGUGAAGCCACGCCCUUCACCGCAGGCCCGCCAGCCGCUCCCUAUCCUCGAGCUGUCAGAAGCCGGACCAUGGCGCAUCAGACCGGGAUUCACGCUACACCAGAACUGAAGGAUUUCUUUGCAAAGGCCCGCAAUGGAUCUAUCCGACUCAUUAAAGUGGUUAUCGAAGACGAACAGCUGGUGUUGGGAGCUCACAGAGAACUCAAGCUACACUGGGAUAAAGACUAUGAUGCCUUAGUGCUCCCACUUCUAGAUGAGACCGAGCCGUGCUAUAUACUUUAUCGCCUGGACAGCCAGAAUGCGCAGGGAUACGAGUGGCUUUUCCUAUCAUGGUCACCUGAUCAUUCUCCGGUAAGACUGAAGAUGUUGUAUGCAGCCACAAGAGCCACCGUGAAGAAAGAGUUUGGGGGAGGACACAUUAAGGACGAGCUGUUUGGGACCGUACAGGAAGACAUUUCUCUGAGCGGCUACCAGAAACACGUUUCCUCCUGCGCAGCUGAAGCUCCACUCACUGCAGCAGAGAGAGAGUUACGGCAGAUCAAGAUCAACGAGGUGAAAACAGAGAUAAGUGUGGAAAGCAAACAGCAGACCCUCCAAGGACUUGCCUUCCCUCUCAGGCCUGAUGCUGAAGAGGCCAUCCUGCUGCUGAAGCAAAAGAAAAUCAAUUACAUACAACUGAGAUUGGAUUUGGAGAAGGAGACCAUUGACUUGGUGCAUACAAAGCACACAGAGAUCCAAGACCUUCCUUCAAGGAUCCCCAAGGAUUCAGCCCGAUACCAUUUAUUCCUCUACAAGCACUCUCAUGAAGGUGACCACCUGGAGUCUGUGGUCUUUAUAUACUCAAUGCCAGGAUACAAAUGCAGCAUAAAAGAGAGGAUGCUUUAUUCCAGCUGCAAGAACAGACUUCUAGAAUCCAUGGAACAAGAGUUCCAGCUGGACAUUGUAAAGAAGAUUGAAAUUGAAGAUGGUUCUGAGCUAACGUCCGAGUUCCUCUAUGACGAAGUUCACCCAAAGCAGCAUGCUUUCAAGCAGGCAUUUGCCAAACCCAAAGGACCUGCAGGGAAGCGAGGCCAGAAGCGCCUUAUAAAAGGGCCCGGUGAGAAUGGAGAGGACAAUUAACCACCGUGUUCACAAACUCGUCUCAGGCCUACCGAGUUGUGCCGGUGUCAAGGAACCACUGAGGUUCACUUUGCUUUUGUGCCAUCAGACAAGAUGAGCUGGUGUGUCGGCCAUUGUGGAAAUGUCUGCUUCCUUCUCAUUGUUCUCUUCUUUAGAUGUGGCUUUUUGAUAAGGUCCGGUUAAUGUCUAUCUCUUUCUCCCUAUGCCUGCAUCAAUGUCAGUUUCAUGUAAUACUUGAAAUACAUAAUUCUCUCUGCACAGACAUUUAAUUGGCAUGUUACCUGUUCACAUUUCACAAGCAGAUAGAGAUCCCAUGGUGAUGGACAAUGGCUGCUUGGUUACAAUUAUGCUAUUUGUGCAGAACAUUAAAUACCCCCGGUAUCCAUAUCUCUGCUGUGUUGCUCUGCCUGUGUUAUAUUAGUAAUGGAUCAUUGUGAUUCAUGGGCGAGAGACAUCAUGCAGUAUUAUAGGUUUGAGCAAAAUGUUAGUUUCAGAUGGGUCACUACUAUAUAGCAUUCUUAUGAGUGGAUGUCCCCAUUGGCAAGAAAAGAUUUAGUGGAAUGGGUCUUUUUUUAAGCUGAAUCACAUAACCUUAUGAGGAUUGGAUUUCGUUUUUCUGCCUCUUCCAUAUAAUGUUUGCUGCCGGAUUUCUUUAAUUGCUACUGUUGCCAUCGCAGACUGUUACAUUAGCUCCUGGUGGUGGUGUACAUUCCAGACAAAAGAAAGAUUAGAGUCUACCUGGGAAAUAAUGUUCAGUAAAUUAUCCUACCAUCUGCUCUGAAUUUUCUAAAAAAAAAAAAUGUAUAUUAAAAAGAAAAAAUAAAAGUGAUACUUUUUUAAAAAUA